ACAUGUAGUAAAUGCACAUGAACUAACAUAAUUAAAUCUAGCUUAGGCUCUAAUACUAUGUUGGAUGCAGAAUGACCGUCUUACUUAAAAGUUUGAACUCUUAGAGAUACGCGUCAUUAAUUUAUAUAUCCGCAAACGAGAAUCUCAACAAUUUAUAAACUAAAAGUUUCGAUAUACUCGUCAUUAAUAACUAAUGCAUUUUAUAAAUAAAUUAAACUUCUCAAGAAAUUUGAUCUAUAAAUUAAAGUGCAUUCGUUAGAUGGGUGCAGAGGUGAUCGAUCGAGGAGCUAAGGGUGUAGCGAGCAUGGAUCAUCUAACGAAGCUGGGGAGUUCUCUUGAGGUGCCUAAUGUGCAGGAAUUGGCCAAGGAGAAACCGCCACGUGUACCUGAGAGAUACAUCCGCCAUGAUCGAGAUCAAGAAGAACCGGUUCUUCCCCAAUACUCUCCUGAAAUUCCAGUCGUCGAUUUGCAGAAGCUCUUGGAUGAAUCCUCCAUGGAUUCUGAGCUUCAUGUACUCCACACAGCUUGCCAGCAGUGGGGUUUCUUUCAGUUGAUCAACCACGGCGUCGAUUCAUCGUUGCUGGAGAAAAUGAAGUCGGAAACUCAAGAAUUUUUCAAUCUCCCUCUAGAAGUUAAGAAGAAAUUCGAUCAGAAGCCGGGAGACGUGGAGGGCUACGGACAAGCUUUCGUAGUGUCCAAAGAACAAAAGCUCGAUUGGGGAGACAUUUUCUGCAUAGUCCCGAUGCCUGUGUCUUUGAGAAAGCCUCACCUGAUUCCAAAGCUACCUUCAUCAUUCAGGGAUGCCAUAGAAACGUAUUCGAAAGAAAUUAAAAUCCUUUCCAUGAAAAUUUUGAAUAUGAUGGCAAAAGCUUUGGGCAUGGACAUUGAGGACAUGGUGACACUAUUUGAAGAUGGGAUGCAAACCAUAAGGAUGAAUUAUUAUCCACCAUGUCCGCAGCCGGAACUUGUCACCGGUCUUUCUCCUCAUUCCGAUGCAGGCGGGAUUACGGUUCUCCUCCAAGUUAACGACACAAUUGGACUCCAAAUCAAGAAAGACGGUGCUUGGAUUCCGGUCACUCCACUCCCUAACGCAUUCAUCAUUAAUAUUGGCGAUAUUAUACAGAUUGUAACAAAUGAUAGUUAUCCAAGCAUCGAGCAUCGAGCUACAACUAACUCAGAGAAAGAAAGGCUUUCGAUCGCAACAUUUUAUAACCCAAAACUGGAUGGGGUUUUUGGUCCAGCCCCAAGCCUCAUUAGCAAUGAAAAACCAGCAAGAUUCAAAAGCAUCGGCUUGGCCGAAUAUUUAAGGGGAUAUCUCUCACGGGAACUUGUAGGAAGAUCGUAUUUAGACGUCAUGAGGAUCAAUUAAAUAAACACAAUAUAUAUAUAUAUAUAUAUUGAACUCAAGAUGUGAUCUUUGCACUUUUCAUUUUAUUCUAUUGAUGGUCGUACAUUUGAAUUACACAAGAGAGGUAUAAACCUUUUUCUUUUGAAUUUUUUUAUUUUUUAUUUUUUUAUUUUAUUAGA